AAAUUAUUUCAUCAGCUUUCUGGUUUUUAUUUUAUAGAAGAAGAAAUUUGAUGAAGUGGAAGUGUUAAUAAACAGGAUGGAAAAGAUAGAAUUAAAAAGAUCAAGCACUCGAGCCAAAGUCUUGGGCACAGUGGUUUCCAUCGCUGGAGCAUUCGUAGUGACUCUCUACAAAGGCCCAAAAUUAUUAGUGGCUAUCACGUCCACGCCCAAUUUCCUUAGCCAAUCUCUCAGCUCAUCCCAAUCGAAUUGGAUGCUUGGCGGCCUUUUCCUCACAACUGAAUAUAUUUUGGUUCCUAUGUGGUACAUUGUUCAGACAUGGAUUAUGAAAGAGUAUCCAGCUGAAGUGACUGUAGUUUUCUUCUACAACUUGUGUGUGAGCUGCCUAGCUGCUAUUGUAGGCUUUUUCACUGAACCCGAUUCCAGCAAAUGGCGAAUUAAACCAGAUAUUGCACUGGCCUCCAUCCUAUGCUCUGGAAUUUUGGGCUCAUCCCUAAACAAUACCAUUCACACCUGGGCUUUGCGCGUCAAAGGACCAGUGUAUGUAGCAAUGUUCAAGCCACUGUCCAUUGCCAUUGCAGUAGCCAUGGGAGUCAUUAUCCUAGGAGAUACUCUUUAUUUGGGAAGCGUUCUGGGAGCGACUGUAAUUGCCAUCGGAUUCUAUACUGUAAUGUGGGGAAAGGCAAAAGAGAUGCCUGAAUACGAUGAUUCUAAUGAUCUCGAGUCUACUUCAGCCCAAAAGUUUCCUUUGUUACAGAAUUACAAAAAUGAAGGUAUCUCAAACAAGUAAACAAGUUAAAUGAACUCAUCAAGCAGAAAGGCAAGUCACACAAAAAGCGCGCAGUUGCUGCAAAGCAAGAAAGAAGCUACUAUUUUUGAUACACAAGGGGAGCAGUUGUAUAGGAAGAAACAAAAGGCUGCUGUUGGGAGAAGCAGAGCAGCAAAUUGUAGGCAUAUAUAUCCUUGUUUUGUACAGCUCUUCUGAAACAGCAUGCUCAACUUGUAUCUCAUGAAUGAACUAAAGCCUAUUUUAGUACAGUAACUGAACAAAAAUGUAACAGGUAAGCAAUUAAGGGCUACUAAUUAAUCAAAAUUAAACAGGAUGUAUGCAUCCUUUCUGUACCUCAACAGGCUCUAGUGUACUUUAUAUAAAGAAAGAUUGUUAAACCA